GCACAAAAACAAAGAACUCGGGCAAUGGUCUUCCUUGAGAAAAUAUUUAAGAAAGUGGAUUGUAUCAUCACCCCAGGUCUUGGAAUGAAAGUUCCUGUGAUUGCUAAAGAUGCUCUUAAACAUGGAGAAGCAAACACAAUGAUGAUGGGUAAAAUGAUGAGGUUUAUGUCAUUGGGAAACCUAACAGGCAUUCCUGGUAUGACGUUCCCUGUUGGAUAUGACGUCAAUGACCUUCCCAUCAGCCUUCAGGUGAUGAGUGGAUGGUGGCAAGAACACAUGAUGUUGAGAGUUGCAAACACAUGUGAAGGGUUAGUUGAGCACCAAAAACCUCAGGUUUACUAUGAUAUAAUGCGGGAAAAAAAGAUGGAUGAUAAAUGACACUCGUGGAAUUAGAUUGGAGAUAACACGAAGAAAUGGAUGGGAGAUAACUGACCCUCGUAGAAUUAGAUUGGUGAUAACUGAUUCACA